GUCUGAGGGCCCAGACUGGGCUGUCCCCGGCACCCCCACUCAGGGCCUUCCCCACCUUCUCUCUCUCUCACGCUCACACGCAUUGGCCUGAAGCUGUCCUUCAUCCCUGGAGUUGAAACAUCCACGAGGUCACUCUCUCCUGCGGGCCGUUGCCACUGUGCUCCCAGGAGCCUCAGAUGUCCCGAGCCGGUGUCUUGGGGCCCAUUGUGCCAGGCCCUCAUUCUAGCAUUGACCAGAGCCCCGGAGUAGACACUGGGAUAUUCCGGGUAAGACUGUGUUGAAGGGAGAGAGUUAAGCUGCUGGAGUUUGAAAACCACUGAUAGCCAAACCCUCAGGAUGCUGAGGCUCAGAGAGGACAGCCUCUUACCCAAAGUCUCUCAGCUCCUCCAGGCAGUUCCACUGGCCCUCCAAUCUUGUUUCACAAACACUUAGACAGGGCUUUCUAUGUGCCAGGCACUGUUCUCAGGAAUUUACGGACAUGGAAUCAUAAAUCUUUUCAACAAGCUUGUGAGGAAGGUACUAUUAUCGUCCCUAUGCAGCAGAUGAGAAAACUGAGGCACAGAGAGGUUGAGUUACUCGCCCGAGGUCAUACAGCUAGUAAGACGUAGAGCUGGAAUUAGAACCCACAGAGUCUGGCUCCAGUGCCCUGGCUCUGAACCCCUUCAGGAUGGCUGCCCUUCAGGAGUGGGGAAUAUUAAUCCAGCCUUUCUGAGUGGCUACUCUCUUAUCUUCUCUCAAGUAAGGUCAAAGGCCUGCCCUCAAGGAGUUAGGGAAACAAAAUGUACCUGGAACGUAAUUAAGGAAAGAUGUCCCUGUUCCAAGGCUGGGGGAGAGGUCCCCACCAGGGGAAGGAAGUCUGGGAAUGGAAAGUUGUCUCCCAAGGGACUCGAGGUUGCCAGGGUUGGCUAACAAUGAGCGAGUUCCCCAUCCCCCACUCCAUCCUAGGGGUGUGCUCCCAGUGUCACCUGUCCCCAGGCCUUGGAAAGCUGCUCUCCAGAUCACAUUUCUGGUGGAGCCUGGUCUGCCGAGGUUGGGGGUAUUUUUAGCAACUUCCUUUCCCUAUGGAUGCUGGGGGAGGUGUUGGCAUUGGGGCUGGGAACCUGCACCAGAUAUGGGACAGCGGCUGAGUGGGGCCCCUGGAUGAGGAAGGGAGCCAGGGGGCUAGUCAAGGCAUUGAGCCUGGCAGUCUAAGAUGGGACUUGGGGUCUAGGGGUGGAAAGAAGAAGGAAUGGGGUCAGAAGACAACAGAGACGUCAGAAAAGAAGGAUUCUAGGCUUCAGGACGUUUGACAGGUUCCUUUACUUAAGUGCCUGUUGUAUGCAUAGCCCUUGGCGGCAGAAGAUAAGGCAGGGUCCCUGCCCUGGGGGUCUUACAGUCCGAUGGAUGGUAAAGCUGGAGGGUCGGGGUGGUUGGGCGAGAUAAGAAGUGGGGGGUGGAGGGUGAAUAACUGAGAUGGUGGCUGAGGAUUGGGGCCCCAGUGCAAGGGAGGGGGACUUUCCGCAACGUUGAGGGCAUCCUCUGCCAGGACGGGGAACUCAGGUCUCAGACAGCCCCGCCCGUCUGUGCCCACAGCCGACUACAUCGUGCUGCAGUUCGGCCGCGUGGCCGAGGACGCCUUCACCCUGGACUACCGGUACCCGCUGUGCGCCCUGCAGGCCUUCGCCAUAGCCCUCUCCAGUUUCGACGGGAAGCUGGCCUGCGAGUGACCCGAGCAGCCCCCCGGCGCCCCCAGAGCCUGCCGGGGUGGGGCAAAGGAUUCCGUGGAGGCUCGCCAGAGUCCCUUCACCAAAGCCCCCACGGAAGACUCCUCCCCUGUCGGGGGGCUGACCCCUCACGGUCUCCGGAUGACCUCCAUCCACUCCCCAGCCUGGCACAGGAGGCAGGGGAGUAGCUCAGACGGCGGGUCGGACGGAGAUGAAGAACAUCUGGAGUUGGAGCCGCACAUCUGGUCGCGGAGCCAGCCUGCGCCGCUUCCCCAGCCCCCGCCCCCUGCCCCGCGCCCCAGCCACUUCCUGUCCAGGAGCAGUAGUCAGUGUUGUCUUAACCCCCUCUGGGACCGUGCUAGGGCUCCGAGGAGCUGGGGCGGGCUCGGAGGAGGGGGUAGGUGAUGAGAGACGAGGGCCGGGUACCCACAUCCCCAAUAAAACCGCGUCCUAGGCCCAGCGGCACGGUGGUUCUUCAGCGCGUGCGGAGAACGCGACGGCGGGAGGGGUCCGGAGGGCGGGCUGGAGGCCUCCCCCCGCUCCCGCCCAGGCCCCGGGCGCUCCCGCGUCCCCUCCCCCGCGCCCAUCGCCGGUCCUACCGAAACUCGGCGGGCUCGCAGUGUCGAGACGCCCCCCAUGGGGGCCCCGGGGAGCCGGGCCGAGAGGGAGGGCCUCGGAGGUCCGGGAAGAGGGGGAAAGGGAGAAAUUCGAGAAACAAGCCUCUCGGGGAGAACCAGACAAACCGGGUCCGGGCAGGGCGGGCGCAGCCGCCAGGGCGGGGCCGGGUCUGGGGCCCCGGGAGUGGGGGGCGGGCUCUCGGGCGGGAGCGGGCGCUCCGCCUGGGCGGCUCGGGCCUGGGCGGCGGGGGGGAGGGAGCCCCGAGGCCCGGGCUCUCCAGCUCCGCUGGGCUCCUCGUGACGCGGCACCCGGGCCCGGGCACCGACGGGAGUCCUGCCCCCGAGGCGGGAGCUCCGCCCUCGGCCCCGCCCAGGCCGGAGCCCCAAAUUGCGGCGGGGUGCCGGGGAGGUGCGGUGAGGCCCGGCGCGCCGCGGAGGGUGGGAGCGCCGCACCUGCGGGCGAGCAGGGGGCGGCCCGGGCCGCGAAGCCGCGGGGUAGGCAGCCCGAGCGCCGGUGGGGGCGGCCCGCGCGGCCCCGCCCCUCCCGGCCGGUGCCCGCCCCCUGCGCGCCCCGCCCCCUCCUUCCCCGCAGCCCCCACCCCCCGCCCCGGCUCCUCAACACAAACUUUCCGUCCCGCUCGCUCCCUCCUCCGCGCCCGGCGCCUCCCGCUCCAGCCCGGCUCAUUCCGCACAUUCCGGCCAGCCCCCUCCCCACGACCCCCCUUCCCCGGCCCCCCUCGCAGCUCCCUCGGGCCCGGCGGAGCGGCCUGGCCGGAGCGCCCCCCCGAGCUCGGACCAGGCUCAGGCUGCUGAGUGGGCUCAGGCCCGGAGCCCAAAGCAACCAGCACAAUAGCGUCCAACAGCUGGAACACCAGCAGCAGCCCCGGGGAGGCCCGGGAAGAUGGGCCCGAGGGCCUGGACAAGGGGCUGGACA